UUGCUUCAGAGGAGCUCCAAAUAUAAAGAGCCUUCGAAGAUUGCAGUGUUUUUGCCUGAUGUGAUGAAGUUAAUAUGUGCUUUGGCAGCUCAUCGGAAAUUUGCAGCCCUGUUUGUGGACAGGGGUGGCAUGCAAAAACUCCUUUCUAUUCCUAGAAUUGCUCAAACCUUCUUUGGUCUUUCCUUUUGCUUGUUUACUAUUGGUUCGAUUCAGGGCAUUAUGGAACGAGUGUGUGCCCUUCCUUCAGAUGUUGUGCGCCAAGUUGUUGAGUUAGCCAUUCAGCUUCUAGAAUGCCCCCAGGAUCCGAUGGCACGAAAGAAUGCAGCCUUGUUUUUUGCUGCUGCUUUUGUUUCCAGAGCGGUCCUUGAUGCUUUUGAUGCUCUGGAUGGUUUACAAAAAAUACUAGGUGUCUUAAAUGAUGCUGCCUCAGUAAGAUCUGGAGUUAAUUCCAUAUCACUAGGACUAUCUGGUUCAAGUUCACUUCGGAAUGACAGAUCACCUCCAGAGGUGCUUACGUCAUCCGAGAAGCAGAUAGCUUAUCACACGUGUGCUUUACGGCAAUAUUUUAGGGCACAUCUACUGUUGAUUGUGGAUUCAAUUCGUCCAUCUAAGACUAACCGCAAUGCUCCCCGGAAUAUUUCGAGCAUGAGGGCAGCCUACAAGCCCCUUGACAUUAGUAAUGAGGCUAUGGAUGCUGUAUUCCUACAAUUGCAGAAGGAUCGGAAGUUGGGUCCUGCUUUUGUGAGAACACGGUGGCCAGCAGUUGAUAAGUUCUUAGCCUGUAAUGGACAUUUGACCAUGUUAGAAUUGUGUCAGGCCCCACCGGUUGAGCGCUAUUUGCACGAUUUGCUUCAAUAUGCCUUGGGUGUUCUGCACAUUGUUACACUGGUACCUCAAAGUCGUAAAAUGAUAGUGAAUGCUACAUUGAGCAAUGAGCGUGUUGGCAUUGCAGUUGUAUUGGAUGCUGCAAAUAUUGCUAGUACUUAUGUGGAUCCAGAGAUCAUACAGCCUGCUUUGAGUGUGCUAAUUAAUCUCGUGUGCCCUCCGCCUUCAAUUAGCAAUAGACCUCCUAUGCUUGCACAAGGUCAGCAGUCUGCUGCUUCCCAAAGCUCCAAUGCCCUUGCCAUGGAAUCUAGAGAUAGAAAUGCAGACCGCGGUAUCAUGGAUCGGAUUGCUUCUGUGGCCAUCCAGAAUGAUUUAAGGGAUCGGAAUGGUGAAUCUAGUGGGGUUGAUAGAGGUUGCACAACGUCAUCUGGGACUCAAUCUAGCACAGCUCCUUUGACACCUGUUUCUGCAUCAACUUCAGGAUUGGUUGGAGAUCGUAGAAUAUCUUUAGGUGCUGGGGCAGGUUCUGCCGGUCUUGCUGCCCAGCUGGAGCAAGGAUAUCGUCAAGCAAGAGACGCUGUCCGUGCUAAUAAUGGCAUAAAGGUCCUUCUGCAUCUCCUCCAGCCACGAAUAUACUCACCUCCUGUUGCUCUUGACUGCAUACGUGCUCUGGCUUGUCGUGUUCUACUUGGUUUAGCCAGAGAUGAUACAAUUGCACACAUAUUAACAAAGCUCCAGGUUGGGAAAAAACUGUCAGAGCUCAUUCGAGAUUCUGGAAGCCAGACACUUGGGAAUGAGCAGGGUAGGUGGCAAGCUGAACUAGCCCAGGUCGCCAUUGAACUAAUAGGCAUUGUGACAAAUUCAGGGCGUGCUAGUACGUUGGCAGCUACAGAUGCUGCAACCCCUACCUUGAGGCGCAUAGAACGAGCAGCUAUUGCCGCUGCCACUCCUAUUACUUACCAGUCCAGGGAACUUUUACUCCUUAUCCUUGAACAUCUGCAAGCGUGUGGUUUGGGUGGGAGUGCUGCUAUGCUGCAGAAAGAGGCUCAACUGACUCCUCUCCCAUCGACUGUGGCCCCAGCAUCUCUUUCAUAUACAGCAGGCACCCAAGAAUCAGCCUCUGUACAGUUUCAGUGGCCCUGUGGUCGCACCCCACGUGGAUUUCUAUCUGAAAAGUCAAGAUUCUCUGAACAUAAUGAUAUUUCCAGAUUGAGAUGUGACUCAGCAGGAUCUUCAAUACGGAAGAAACCGCUGGUUUUCUCACCUAGUUUUGGUUCACAAUCAAGGCAGCUGUCUUUCCAUGAUGGGAGUUCACAACUUAAUAAGAAGCUAUCCAGUGUCAUAAAACCACCUGCACAAGUAAUUGUACGUGAAACUCCAUCGGAAGCUAUGGGGAAAUCUUUUGUAGAUACUGAUCCCCAGUGUAAGACUCCUAUCAUUUUGCCAAUGAAGAGGAAACACCAUGAGAUAAAAGAUAGUGGCUUUGCAAUACCUGGGAAGAGGUUACAAACCGCUGAGCAUGGGCUGUGCUCCCCUGCUUGUGUAACACCUCAUUCCUUCCGUAGAAAUGGUACAUCAACUGAUUCCUCUGGGUUUUCCACACCAAACUCAACUAACAGGGACUUACAUGACCGAUCAACAUGUCUUUUAUCUGAUGUGGAUGACAGUCCAUAUGUUAAUUGUCAAACAGGUCACACAACUUUCACUGACCAUGGGUUACUGAAUGAUCCCCAUUCUAGCAAUAACAUAGAGAGGUUAACUCUGGAUUCUCUGGUUGUUCAAUAUCUGAAGCACCAGCAUCGGCAGUGUCCUGCUCCAAUUACUACUCUUCCACCUCUCUCACUCUUACACCCACAUGUUUGCCCUGAACCAAAGCGGAGUCUUGAUGCUCCAUCAAAUGUAACAGCGCGUCUUGGCACACGGGAGUUCAGAAGUGUGUAUGGUGGAGUCCUUGGAAAUCGCAAAGAUCGUCAAUUUGUUUUCAGUAGAUUUAGACCAUGGCGAACAUGCCGAGAUGACAAUAGUGGUCUCUUGACUUGCAUAGCUUUUCUUGGGAACUCUUCUCAUAUUGCAGCUGGUAGCCAUGGUGGAGAGCUCAAAGUCUUUGACACCAAUACCAAUAGUGUCUUAGACAGCUGCACAAGCCACCAGCAAUCUUUGGUGCUUGUUCAGUCACAUGUCUCAGGCGAUACACAGCUGCUGCUCUCAUCAAGUAUUCAGGAUGUUCGCUUGUGGGAUGCCUCUUCUAUAGGGAAUGGACCAUUACAUCCAUUUGAAGGGUGCAAGGCUGCUAGGUUUAGCAAUUCUGGGAGCCAUUUUGCUGCAUUAUCAUCAGAUUUAAACAAUAGACAGAUUCUCUUGUAUGAUAUCCAGACCUAUCAGAUGGAGCUAAAAUUGUCGGACACAACUUUUGGUUCUUCAGGUCGGGCGCACAUGUAUUCUCAGAUACACUUCAGUCCAUCGGAUACAAUGUUGCUCUGGAAUGGUGUAUUAUGGGAUCGGCGAGUUUCUGGCCCUGUUCAUCGAUUCGAUCAAUUCACAGACUAUGGGGGUGGUGGCUUUCAUCCUGCUGGCAGUGAGGUCAUAAUAAACUCUGAGGUGUGGGAUCUACGGAAAUUCAGACUGCUCCGGAGUGUUCCUUCCCUGGAUCAAACAGCAAUAACAUUUAAUGCACGCGGUGACGUAAUUUAUGCAAUCUUGAGGAGAAACCUUGAGGAUGUAAUGUCUUCUGUUCAUACUCGUCGUGCCAAGCAUCCUCUUUUUGCUGCAUUUCGCACAGUUGAUGCGGUCAACUAUGCUGACAUUGCAACUAUUCCAGUAGAUCGCUGCGUCCUUGACUUUGCAACAGAACCGACGGAUUCAUUUGUGGGGUUGAUCACAAUGGAUGAUCAAGAAGAGUUGUUAUCUUCUGCGAGGGUCUAUGAGAUUGGUUGACGGAGGCCUACGGACGACGACUCUGAUCCUGAUGAUGCUGAGAGCGGGGAAGAUGAGGAAGAAGAUGACGACGAUGCUGAUGUAGAUCCUAUAUUGGGCUCGGGUCUAGAUGGUGAUAGUGAUAGUGACCCUGAUAAUAUGAGCAAUGACGAUGAUAGUGUGAGUGAUCUUGAUGACGAUGAUGAGGAAGAUGGGGAUUUUAUAAUGGAUGGUUUUGACUUUGAUGGUGGACCUGGAUUAUUGGAAAUUGUGACAGGAGAUGGCGAUGACGACGACGGAAGUCAGCUGGUUGAAUCUUUCAGUAGUGAUGAUGAAGAGGAUAUCGUGCGCAAUGGCUUUGGCUUCUAAUUGUUGCCAAACCUUGCUGUAAAACAUUUUCCAUAUGUUUAGAUAGUAUGAUUUUUUUUUUUCGGUUGAAGUAACUGAAAGGCGGAGGAGGCAUUUUGUUUUUGAUAUUAUUCGGAUAGGUGAGGGUGAAUGAAUUAUGUAAAUUUUCAGUAUCUCAUGCAAAAUACCGACCUAUCCA